AUGGGUCAACGGGGACUUUCUGCCGUUGCCGGGAAUGCCGGUUUUCUUCAAUGGGAGGCCUGCCCCGAAAACGAGCCGUUGCUUUCUGCUCGCCACCACAAUGGUUUCUUUCAAUCCGUUAAUCUUGAUACUGCCGCAGUGUCGCAAACCUUUCUACAAAGCAAUCUUUCAAUCCCCGCUCUUCUGUUUAAAAUCACCAAAGACUCGAAACGGUUUGGUGGUACAGAAUCUCGAAUGAUGAUACCGACUCUUUCCCCUGCUGCUGCUGCCAACGACAUUCCUACAGACGAUAAUCCUCACGAAUGCUGCACCACGAUAUCUUGGCCAGGAGAAGAUUUCACCGUAUUAUUUGUCCACCCGAAAAUCACCAAGACCAACCAAUAUUCGUCGUUCCGAUUUACGGCUGGCGUUUUGCUAGGGGUCGGUUACGCGUCUCUACGUUUUGAGAGCCUUGGAUCAUUCAAUCUUCAGAGUCUUACGAACCACUUGGAUUUGCCGCCAUUCGUUCACGUUUGCUUAUCACAAAUUGCUACAGCCAUCAAGGACACUGCCAUCGAUGCCUUGAAUAACAUAUAUCAGGUCCAAAGCCUUGUUUUUUGCUUGUUUCUCUUUUUGGUUGCUCGGCCUGAAAUCCCGCCGUCGUUGUGUUUCGUAGUUGGCAUGCUGUCAGGGGCCAGUUUAACCUCCCAUGGAUCCCUCAUCCACCGAAAGGCAUUAGACUUCGGGUCCUUUGUUUAUCGCAGCGUCUUGAAAACCACUUAUAUUGCGGAUACUUUCGAUUUUUUGAAUAUCGAUCGCCAAACUCGGGAUAUCAACCAUAUAGAUUCUCGUCUUGUUGCUUCUGUGUUUUGCGUUCAAUGUUGUACGAACGGGAGCUUCUGCCUUGCAACGCCGAUACCGUACUUGUUUUCAUUGACCCACACGGCCACUUCUCAUUACCAUCGUUCCUACGACGAUGACCCAUCGACUUUAGCAUCUACAUCUCAUGUUCCCUUUAGUCUCAUGAUUCACGAUUCUCACUUGUACAUGUUGAUUUAA